AGUGGAGAAAUAUUUAUUAAAACUUUAUAUUUAUAUCGAUGUAGUUAAAUUCAGUUGAAAGUAACUACAAAAUCGUUUUAAAACCAUAAACACAACUUGUCAUCAAUUCCAAUCGGAUACCGAAGAUUAUAGGUUAUCUAACCUUUAAAAUGUUCAAAUUGUCUCAACUUUUGGUGAAGUGUACCAAAAACAGUACCAGACUGCCUGGUAUAACACGCCUCAACUUGUCAUCGUCACCAGUAGCUGCCGAAUUGAAGAGCCAAUCUGGAUCAGAAGAAAAACAAAAAACUGCAACAACAAGCAGCAAUCCCAGAACUCAACGAAACAUUGUAGCUGCAGCUUUUGCCUCUUUGAACGCGGAGAAUAUUGAAAAUGUUGCGAAUGGGAUACGCACACCAUACACUGAUGAUAAAAUUGCAAAUGCUACCAAUAUUAAUGAGUUGCUAUCAAUAUCUGAUGGCAAUGGAAUUUCAAGAAAACAUGCUUUAAAGGUGGUAUCAGUGUUGGCUGAUUGGACAUCAAAUGGAAAAGUAACAUUGCCUGAGUUUGAAUCAGAUCCUAGAUUUAUUAGGUUGUGUAGAGUGUUAACUAAGAACACAUCAAUAAAAAAUAAGGCCCUUUCUUCAAGAAGUGAGGAUUUGUCAACAAUACUUAGUGUUACUGCUGAUGAUGAAGCUGCUAAAUUGGUUUCAAGCAUUACAUUGCCACAGAUGGUCAAGGUGAUGUCCACAUUAUCACAAAAGAAGAGGCGCUCCACGCUUUUGUUAAGAGCCUUGGCAUAUAACAUAACAGGCAGUUCUGAUCGUCUGGACUUAAAACAAAGUGCAGAUUUACUUUUCAGUAUGUCUUGUUUGAAUUUCCCAGACGAAAAUCUAUUGUCGAAAAUUUCGAACGAUAUAUCGACUGAACUACGGGCCGAUAUUAAGAAAAGUGCUGUAAUUGGAUCUAUACUAACUAGUAUUGGAUUAAUGAAGUAUAAAAAUAUAGAACUAAUUGAUGCAUUAUGUGAAUGGGUUUUAAAGAAUCACACAAUUUGUAGACCACAAGAUCUCUUCAGUGUUUUAAUAACUCUGGGCGUUUUAAAUCAUCUCCCUGUAAAUUCAGAUAAACUAUUUGAGGUGCUAAUACCUCAACUUAAUCAAUCUGAGGCAGGAAAACCAAUUGCAUGGUUGGAAAUUGUUUGGUCUUUGGUUUUGUUGAACCAAGCCACUCCAGAUCAUGUGUCUAGUGUUUUAAAUAAUGAAUUCAUUGAAAAAGUGUUAGAAGGGCCAUCAGUGAACACAUCAGCAAGACUAAAAUUAUUAAAUAUCAAUGGUUCAGCAACUCAUCUUAUGAAAGACUACAAAGGACCUACUUUAGAAAUUCGGUCUGAUGUUAUAGAAACGAAAAUUCAGCGGACAAAGGAGAAAACUGAAAUGGUUAAUUCUAUUAUUGAUACUUUAAAAAACCUUAUACAAGGAGAAAAUUAUUUAAGAGUCAACGUAAAUACAAAUUUGGGUUUCUUUAUUGAUGCAGAGUGUUUGUUGGACAAAAAGUUUCAUCCCUUGCCAUUAGAUAACAAAGAUGUGAAGGAUUCAACAAGAAUUGCGAUUAUUGCAUUGGAUUAUCAUGAUAUGACUAGAGGAAGGAUAGAACCUUCAGGGAUUAAUGCAUUAGCGACCAAAUUAUUAACAGCAAAGGGUUACAAAGUGUUACCAAUACCUUAUUCAGAAUUUAAACCUAGAGACAAGUUAGUAAACCGAGUAAAAUAUCUAGAAAGCAAGCUUAAAGAAGUUGUCAAUAGUUAAAUAAUAUACAAUAUAUUUUGUUAAAUAUAAUUUAUUAUAACACCUGUUUUUAUAAUGUAUAAACUGAACUGUACAUUGUUUAGUUAAUAAAAUAAUAUACAUAUAUUAUACACAAAUAAAUGUUUUUUAAAAUUUA